AUGUUCAUGAGACCAAUCCAAGGUGCUCCCAUAACUGCAGAAUCACUAUCUGCAGACACAAAACUGGUUUUGGAAGAAAUCACAAGAAUGCUGAAUUUAGAAAAGGUUCUGCCUUGUUAUAAAAACACAGUAUCCGUGUCUUGCUUGAAAGUUAUCAGAAAAUUACAAAAAUGUGGGCAUUUGCCAAGCAGGCCUACAUUAUUUAAGGCAUAUGCAGAAUAUGGACAGUAUAUAGAUGUUCGAUUGGCAGCUCUAGAAUGCCUGGUGGAUUUUGUUCGAGUUGAUGGCAGGCGAGAUGACUUGAACAAACUUUUAGAUGUAGUAGAGACAGAUAGAGACCCCGGGGUCAGACAUGCUCUUGUUAGAAUGCUAAUUGAUAAACCGCCUUUUGAAAAAGGACACAGGCAUAGGUUGGAUACGAAGGAUUUGGUGGAGAGAAUUUGGAAUAAUAUCAAUGGCAUGUUGUCGCAUGAUACAAGACUACGUUGUGAUCUGGUAGAUUUAUAUUUUGCAUUGUAUGGAUCUAGAAGACCUCAAUGUCUUCAAAGCAAUGAAAUGUCUAACUUGGUUAAACCUCAACGAGUAUCAAAUCCUAGGCCUAGAAGUCCACAUUUUGGAGGAGAGUCAAAGCACCAUUUCACCACCUCCAUGGCUACUUCAACAAUAACCAAACCCAGUUACAAUCCGUCGCCCUUGAUGUCAUCUCAUGACAUGGACAUAUCAAUGUCCAGUGGGCAUCUGAAGAGACCUCAUCCAGAAUCACAAGAUGUUCCUGGUCUGCAUAACAUUAAAAGUGAAGGAGAUGAAAUCGAUAUAAAGCCUGUUAAGAGGGAAUGUUUGGACAUGGAUGACCAACUUGGAAGACAGAUUGUUGAUUAUUCUGAUAUGCACGAGGUUAAAGUUAAGAGUGAAUUAGAAAGUGAUAAAAAUAUUGAAUUCAUGAGGCAAAAUGUAGCGCUGCCUAUUGAUCGAAAACCAUUUGACUUGAGCAGUUCAUUUGUGAAGCAGGAAUCUCAAUCUGGUGCUGAUGCAAGCAUUUCAAAGAUGAAAAAGAAGAAAAAGGAUAAAAAGAAACACAAACAUAAACAUAAACACAAGCACAGCAAAAAGGACUCUUCGGGACAAUCUAUUAAAAAGCACCAUAGUCAUGAUGGCAGCGGACAGCAUACAAGACACAUCUAUCAAGUGUUCUCGAACAGGAUAAUCAGGAGACUCUAA